AGACCGAAGUGAAGGAGGCAGGCAGGCAAUACCGAGAAGCAUCUCUUAUUUUAGCAUUUUGUUUUUUUAAAUCAGACAUUAUGUCGUGUGGAAAAUACUGAAUGACAUUAUCGACUCGCGAGUGAAAACGGAUGUUGGUGCUGGAAAGGAUAGAGCGAGAAGGAUGCUACAGGAGGCCAGGCGUUAAUAACUACGCUCGCCUGCUGACAGAAGGCCGUGUGUGAAGGCUGCGAGCGAAAACAGCCCCAGGUGGUUCCGUUGGUGUGCUUAACGUCGAUGGACCACAAUCUCCAUCUCUAACGGUUCGCGAUAUAUCUUGUCACAGAAUGGACGUUAAGGCUCGCCCACGCUGUGUUCCGGUGCAUGCAUUUUUCGUCUCCGAGAGGCGAACGUAAGAAGAGCGAGCCGAGCGGGCCUGCUUUAUAUUGGGGCGGCCAUGGCAGGACCACCGCAUGCCGCCGUGGCUCGGCUCGUAUCGGGAGCUGGAGCCCGAGAGCUGGAGCCGCCGCCAUCAUCCACGGGCAGUCCGGCCGACAAGCCGAGAAAACGGCGAGCGUUUUACCUGCUUCGCAUGCGUUCACCGAGCGCCGCUGUCAACAACAACAACAACAGCCUCGCCCCGUUAGUGAUCCCGGGCCAGAUCAAACACAUCUGCAGCAACUGCAGCCGCGGGCGCGAGCUACGGGACGUGGAAGGGGCGGAGCGUCUGGCGGCGCUGCGCUCUGAGUCGCUGGUGCCCGGCACGCACACGCCCCCCAUCCGGAGGCGGGGUAAGCUGGCCUCCUUGGGCCGCCUCUUCAAGCCAUGGACCUGGCGGAGGAAGAGGAAUGACAAGUUCCAGCAGAACUCAGCAGCUCUUGAAAGAAAGAUGUCUGUGCGAGCCAGCAGGGAAGAGUUAAUCCGACGAGGAGUGCUGAAGGAGAUCCACGAGAAAGUCUCUGAGAGCAUCUUGCCGUUGCCCCCGGUGAUGACUCAGGACGUGGCUGUGCCGGUAUCAAAGGACUGUGAGAUGGCCAAGUCCACCAAGCCACAAGGCUUAGACCACGGGCCAGACUCCUCCAGGAAGCUCUCUCCUCCGCUGCCGCCAAAGAAAGUGAUGAUCUGCGAGCCGACUCCGCCGUCGCACCCGCCGCCCGCCCACACCAUCACCCACACGCACGCCCACACGCUCACGCUCACGCACACCGUAUCGCACUCGCACACGCACACGCACAACCACACGUACGCGCACACGCUGCCGUAUCCCAGCAUGCCGCUCUCCCUGCACCCGCCCAGCCGCAUCAUCGAGGAGCUCAACAAGACCCUGGCACUCACCAUGCAGCGCCUGGAGAGCUCGGUCUUCCACGCCGUUCCCACGGUGAUGAUCGAGUGUGACGACAACAAAGAGAAUCACCUGCGGCAACCGGACUGCCAGGCCCCGCCCCACGGCUACGGCCAGCAGGACCGAGGGCAAGAGGAUGACGAUGACGAUGAGGAAGACGAGUCACUCUUCACAAGUACUCUGGCUCUGAGGGUGCUGAGGAAAGACUCGCUGGCUGUGAAGAUUGGUAACCGUCCGUCUCAAUGGGAGCUGGAGGAGAAGAACAUCCUGCUCAGACACUCCGACCAGGAGAGACUCCAGGAGAGGCAACAGACAUGCACCAAGCUCACCAGGAGGUUAAGUCUGAGGCCAACUGCAGAGGAGCUGGAGCAGAGGAACAUUCUUAAACCACGCAAUGAGGAGGAGGAACAGGAGGAGAAGAGAGAAAUCAAGAGACGACUCAACAAAAAGCUUCGUGAGCGUCCCACAGUGGAGGCGCUGCGAGAGGCUCGCAUUCUCAGCUUCAACGACUACGUUGAGGUGGCCGAGGUCCAGGACUACGAUCGCCGUGCCGACAAGCCCUGGACGCGCCUCACUGCAGCAGACAAGGCCGCCAUUCGCAAGGAACUGAAUGACUUCAAAAGCACAGAGAUGGAGGUUCACGAAUCCAGUCGUCACCUAACCAGGUUCCACAGGCCCUAGCCCCCGGACUGGAUAAAGUGUCUCAGCAUUGGACUGGACUUGAAGUCAUGGGGCUCUAGGGUGCAGGGGAGACACACUAUAUCGCAGGGGGGGAAGGAGUUCUGGGGUGCCAUCUCUGCACGGCUGGAGACCCCCUCCCUUCCUCCCUCUCUCCUUCCCUUCCUCCCUCCCUACUCCUUCCACCUCCCCAUUUGCCAACCCAAGACCCCUCUCAAGUACUGAGAUGCUUCAAGUCCUUCAUCAGAACUGGUUUUGGACUACUAGACCCAUGUUGACAUUCGCAUCAGAACCGCAUUCACAGGACCGGAAAGUCCAAGCGAGCCACCAAACCGAACCCCCCCUUCUCUUCAGGAACCAGUUGACACCAGUCUGGAUCAAACCUUUUCUUUUUCUUUUAUUCUCUUUUUUUAUUUGCCUUUUUUCCCUGGACUUUUUUUAAAGUCAUAUUUUUUUUAACAAUACAGUAACGAAAAGAUGUUGAGGUGAAUAUGUCUGUCGCGAACAAAAUGAGACUCAAGAUAUGGGAUACUGGACAUUUGCUGCUUUGAUUGGUGCGUUUUUCCCCUCUGGUGUUGUUUUAUUGUGCUUUAUUUUCAUAUUGUAUUGUUUUUUUGUAUUUGAUGGUUAUUUAUUUUGUAUUGUUGUUUUAUAUUCCCGCUCCCACACAGGCUCAAAUCAGCUAGUGUUUCAGGCCCUGUAGUUGUAGGUGAAACACCACAAGACACAGGUGUAUAUUUUGGUGUGUGUGUGUGUGUGUCUGCGUGUGCGCGUGCACGUGUGUGUGUGCGUGUGCGUGCGUGUGCGUGCGUGAGUGCAUGUGUGUGAGUAUGUGUGUGUGUGUGUGUGCGCGAGUAUAUGUGUG